AUGACUAGCCAUCACAACACUCAUCCUCUUCCCUCGGAUGAAGAGAGAACACCCUCUUCGAAUGCUCCAAUGAACAGUGACUCUCAACACUCCUCCACCAGCAAGAUGGUCCAGCAUCAUCAUCAUGAAGGUAUCAUCACGGACUCAUUAGAGCCUCCAACUCCUCCCUCUUCUCCACCCACCACUCCAAAAAAGAAAACAACCUUUGGCGCGACUACCACUCUCUCCCCAACUACAGCCUCAUCACCCACACCAAUCAAUGCGAGUAGCACUAUUGUUUCAUCUUCUUUCAAACAAACCAACAUCUCCAAUUCUUCUCUAAGGCAAGCUCAUGAACCUUUCAACAAUGUCGUGGUGGAGGUUGAAAAAAGUGAUACCGAAUACAAUAUCAGUAAAACAGGAACCUCUCAUUCUCAAUCGAGUGCAAUUCGGUUGAAAAUUCAUACAUGUUGCGGGCGAAUGAUUAAAUUGAAUUUGAUGAAAAUUCUCUCUUUGAGCGCCAUGGCAGUUAAUAUUUUGGCGUUCGUUGCAAUUGCAGCAGUGAUGAUUAAUGCGUAUAUCAUUCAAUCCGAUUUAGAUGCUGACAUUUUAUUAUUGAGGGGAGAUUUAUCAUCGUUUAGCGAGAAGACGAAAUGUGCAGUUCAAUUGACAGCCUAUGGAAACAAAACGACCUACCUUGAAACGUACUAUCUCAAUGUAGUGAAUGUUACCUAUGGUUUAAAACAACUCAAAACUCAACUCUUACCUCCACAUUUGUAUAUUUUAAACGACACCAAUGAACCUACCUUGGAAAUGGACAAUAUGAUUAUUGAUUUUGUAACGAAAGGUCAACCAGCACCUGCCAUAGCUUUAUUAGAAUCUAAAGAAUACGUUCAAAAAAGACAACUCUUUAACAACUUUAUGAGCAAUGUAUUGCAGUAUUCGAGUGGUGUUGCCGAGUCAAAGAAUUCAUACAUUCUCAUUGCUGGUAUUGUCAAUCUCACUUUGGUUGUGACUGCUCUCGUGGUAGUGGUUCCGAUUGUCAUUAUUGUGUUUGCCAUGGCCAUUCGAAAGGAAAGAAAAUCUUCAAAGAAACUGAAAAAGGCUACUGGCUUAAUGCUCAUGGACACCAUGGAAGAUGACAAGGAAAAGUUGAAAUUCAAGGAAUUUUGUCAGCAAGAGGGAGGAAUGGAAGUCUUCACGUUCAUUGAUAAGACCUUGGAUUACGAAAAAUUGUGUGAAAAACAAGAAGAAAUUUUGAAACGUCAUCCUCAUGUCCUUACGCAACUCCAACAACGUGAACAAAUCGCAACUUCUGUAGAUCAAUCGAAAAAGAAGUACAAAACCAAAUCGAAAGAUGCAAAUUCGACCACAUCACUCAACACUCCAUCCUUCUCCUCUGAACAAUUACAAUGGAAAGAAAUUGAGAAAGAAAAAUAUGAACUCGUGUUUGAAAUAUUUACCGAAUAUUUAGAUGGAGAUGUUGGAGAAUGUCCAUUAGUCGUGAGUGGAGACAUUCACGACACUCUUAUGAACCAAAUGGAUCAAUUUGAUGUUGAUCGAGUGCAAACCUAUUUGAAGAGUAAUUUGUUUGAUCAAAUUCAAAAAGAAGUUUCCAACGCUUAUUUGAGUGUCUUGCACUUUAAAUACAAACACUUGAUGGAGGCCAGUAAAAAGAUGGGUCAAGUCCAAGUGAAGGUUCAACCUUGA